CUCGGGUGGGACGGGAAAGGGAAGGGGAAGGAGAGGAAGAGGAGGAGUUGGGCUGCACCUGGAGCGCGUCAUUGCCCGCCAGUGCCCGUGGCUGGGGCGGCACAGGCGGCGGCGCGGGGCGCAAAGCGGUGAAAUGUUGCAGCAUCCCCAGCUGGGGAGGCAGAGGGAGAUGGAGAUUGAGCCGUGAUUCCCAACCUCGGGCAGCAAAAAAAAGGAGGCACAACCCAGGAGAGAAGAACCCUUCCAGUCCCCCAGAAGAGGACUGAAAGAUGGCCCCAGCUGCUCCAAGAGAAGCAGGAGUGUGGAGGCAAACCCGAGCUCUGCUCUUCAAGAAUUGUCUGGUGAAGUGCAGGACUAAGAAAAGCAGUGUGCAGGAGGUGCUUUUCCCGUUGUUUUUCCUGUUCUGGCUGAUCCUGAUGAGCAUGAUGCACCCUCACAGGAAAUAUGAGGAGAUGCCAAACACGGACCUGGGUCCCCUGGACACCUCAGUGCUGCUGGAUUUUGUCAUCGGCUACACCCCAGGCACCCCCGUGGCUCGGGAGAUCAUGAAGAAAGUGGCUUUUGAUAACUUUGAGGAUGGCCUGAUCACGGAGGAGUAUCUGAGUGAGGAGGAGCUGGAGGAGGCGAGUUUCCUCAAGCCCUCCAAGUUCGUGGGGGUGGUGUUCCAGGACUCCCUGUCCUACCAGCUGAGGUUCCGUGACUCCAUCGCCAUGUCCUCCAUCUACACCGAGUCCAGAGCCACGUGCUCCAACCUGCAGAAGGGCUGCGAGUCUGUGACCUACUGGAGCUCGGGGUUCACGGCGCUGCAGGCCUGCAUCGAUGCUGCCAUCAUCCAGAUAAAGACAAAUCAUUCUGUGUGGCAGCAGCUGGAUCUGACCAGAGCCAUGGUCAUGGGAGAGGCUGCAGUGGUGGAAAUUGAUAAUUUCCCUCGUGCAAUCAUUUUAAUUUACCUGGUGAUUGCAUUCUCCCCCUUUGGGUAUUAUUUGGCAAUUCACAUCGUGGCAGAAAAGGAGAGGAAGCUGAAGGAGUUCUUGAAAAUUCUGGGACUCCAUGACACUGCCUUCUGGCUGUCCUGGGUGCUGCUCUACGUGAGCCUGAUUUUUGUCAUGUCCAUCCUGAUGGCGGUGAUCGCCACGGCCUCGUCCCUCUUCCCCCAGAGCAGUGCCUUCGUCAUCUUCCUCCUCUUCUUCCUCUAUGGAGUCUCCUCUGUUUUCUUUGCCCUGAUGCUGACACCUCUGUUUAAGAAGUCCAAGCACGUGGGGAUUGUGGAGUUCCUGGCAACUCUGGUUUUUGGCUUUGUGGGCCUCAACAUCGUCCUGCUGGAGGAUUUCCCCAAAUCCUUCGUGUGGAUCCUCAGCCCUUUGUGCCAGUGCAGUUUCUUGAUUGGUGUUGCCCAGGUGAUGCAUCUGGAGGAUUACGAGGAUGGGGCAACAUUUGCAAAAAUCAAUGCUGGUCCUUACCCUCUCUGUAUCUCUCUGAUUCUCUUGGUGCUGGACAGCAUCUUUUACCUGCUUGUAGCUGUUUACCUGGACCAGGUGAUCCCAGGGGAGUUUGGCCUGCGCCGCACGCCCUUUUUCUUCAUGAAACCCUCGUUUUGGUCAAAGCACAGAAAAAACUACAGCGAGCUGUACGAGAGCAGCGCCAACGGCAGCCUGAGCUUCAGUGAGAUCGUGGAGCCUGUGCCCUCGGAGUUCCAGGGCAAGGAGGCCAUCAGAAUCAGCUGUGUUCAGAAAACGUUCAGGAAAAAGGGGGAGACCGUGGAGGCUCUCAGAAAUUUGUCCUUUGACAUCUACGAGGGGCAGAUCACGGCGCUGCUGGGCCACAGCGGCACCGGGAAGACGACGCUGAUGAACAUCCUGUGCGGGCUGUGCCCUCCCACGGAUGGGUUUGUCUCAGUGUAUGGGCACAGAGUGUCUGAGAUCGACGAGAUGCUGGAGGUGCGGCGGAUUGCGGGCGUGUGCCCCCAGGCCGACAUCCACUUUGACAUUUUGACUGUGGAGGAGAACCUCUCCAUCUUUGCUGCCAUCAAGGGCAUCCCUCAGAACGACCUGAUACAAGAGGUGCAGAAGGUGUUGCUGGAUUUGGAGAUGCAGCCCAUCAGGGACAAUCAAGCCAAAAAAUUGAGUGGGGGGCAGAAGAGGAGGCUGUCAGUGGGAGUUGCUGUUCUUGGGAACCCCAAGGUGCUGCUGCUGGACGAGCCCACGGCGGGGAUGGAUCCCUGCUCCCGCCACAUCGUCUGGAACCUGCUGAGGAACAGGAAGGCCAACCGUGUCACUGUGUUCAGCACACACUUCAUGGACGAGGCUGACAUCCUGGCUGAUCGCAAAGCCGUGAUUUCCCAAGGGAUGCUGAAAUGCCUCGGCUCCUCUCUCUUCCUCAAGAGCAAGUGGGGCAUUGGAUACCGCCUGAGCAUGCACAUCGAUGCCUACUGCAACACAGAGGCCACCACGGCCCUGAUCAGGCAGCACAUCCCUGCAGCCAGCCUGAUCCAGGAGAACGACGAGCAGCUCGUGUACACCCUGCCCCUCAAGGACAUGGACAAGUUUGCAGGUUUGUUCUCUGACCUGGACACCCAUUCCCACCUGGGGGUCAUCACCUACGGCGUGUCCAUGACCACGCUGGAGGACGUUUACCUGAAGCUGGAAGUGGAGGCAGAGAUUGAUCAAGCAGACUACAGCGUGUUCCACUCGCAGCAGGCGCAGGAGGAGCUGGACUCCAAAUCCCUGGAUGACAUGGAGCAGAGCCUGCUGAUGCUGUCUGAGGCCAGGGCCCCGGCCACGAGCAGCUCAGCCCUGUGGAAGAAGCAGGUUUCCACCAUAGCCAAAGUGCAUUUCCUCAGUCUGAAGCGGGAGAACAAGUGUGUCAGAGUUAUGUUGUUGCUUUUCCUCAUUUUCCUUGUGGUUCAGAUUUUGUUGUUUUUCAUACACCACAUCAUCAAAAACGCUGUAGCUGCCAUCAGGCUCUCCCCAGAUUUGUACUUGCUGAAGCCUGGAGAGAACUACCACAAGUACAGGAGUCGGCUCCUGCUGCAGAACUCCACAGAGGUGGAGCUCAGUGACAUUGUGCACUCCCUGGGGAGCAUGAACAUCCUCUGGGAGCUGUUCAAUGACAGUGAUUAUGUCUCAGUGGCCCCUCACAGUGCAGCUCUGAACGUGUUUGCCCUCGAGUCCAGGCAGAAUUAUGUUUUCAACAUCAUAUUCAACAGGACCAUGGUGCAUUCCCUGCCAGUGUUGAUGAAUAUUGUCAGCAACCUCCUCCUGCACAGUUUGAACGUGACUGAGAGCAUCCAGAUCUGGAGCAACCCCUUGAUUCAGGACCUUCCAGACACGAUUUUCAGGCUGGAGAUCUAUUUUGAAGCCGUGUUACUGGGGAUCAUCAUCACUGGGAUGCCACCCUACUUCGCCAUGGACAACGCAGAAAACCACAAGAUCAAGGCUUACACCCAGCUGAAGAUUGCAGGGCUCUAUCCCUCAGCCUACUGGACUGGCCAGGCCGUGGUGGACCUGCCUCUGUUCUUCUUCAUCCUCAUCCUCAUGAUCGGCAGCCUCUUCGCCUUCCACUACGGCGUUUAUUUCUACGUGGGCAAGUUCCUGGCUGUGAUUUUUUGCCUGAUUGGUUACGUCCCCUCAGUCGUGCUCUUCACCUACGUGGUCUCCUUCACCUUCAGAAAAGUCCAGAACACGAAGGAAUUUUGGUCAUUUAUAUUCUCAGUGACAGCCUUGCUGUGCACAGUUGUCACUGAAGUGUCCUUUUUCCUGGACCAUUACCUGGUAACCACCAUCCUGCAUUAUGUCUUCUCCAUCUUCAUUCCCAUUUAUCCCCUCAUUGGCUGCCUGAUUUGUUUUAUAAAGGUCUCAUGGAAAGGCAGGAGUGGGAGCGGGGGGUCCCACGACCCCUGGGACCGGCUGCUGGUGGCAGUUGUGGCUCCCUACCUGCAGUGCCUGGUGUGGCUGCUCCUGCUGCGCUGCUUCGAGCUGAGGAACGGCGGGAGGACGGUCAGACAGGAUCCCUUCUUCAGAAAAUGUUCCAGCAAAUCCAAGCCCUGGAAGUUCCCAGAGGUCCCUCACGAGGAGAACGAGGAUGAGGAUGUGAAGGCAGAGAGGCUGCGGGUCAAGGAGAUCCUGAGCAGCCCCAGGAGCGAGGAGAUGCCAGCAAUCCUGGUCAGCAGCCUGCACAAGGAGUUUGAUGAAAGGAAGGAAUUCCUCCUGGGCAGAAAAAUAAAGAAAGUGGCAACCAAACACGUUUCCCUCUGCGUGAAGAAAGGAGAAAUCCUGGGUUUGUUGGGACCCAAUGGAGCUGGGAAAAGCACAUUAAUUAACAUGCUUGUUGGAGAGAUUGAGCCAACCAGUGGGCAGGUUCUGAUGGGAGAUGAUUCCUUGGGGCUGGGCAGUGAGGAUGGCUCGGUGACAUUCGUGGGGUACUGUCCCCAAACGAAUCCUCUCUGGCCAGAUAUCACCUUGCAGGAGCACUUUGAGAUUUAUGGUGCUAUCAAAGGCAUGAGCCAGUCUGAUGUCACAGAAGUCAUCAAACGCAUCGCCAGCGUGCUGGAUUUAAAGGACCACCUGCAGAAGACGACGAAGAAGUUGGGAAUGGGGCUGAAGCGCAAGCUCUGCUUUGCCCUCAGCAUGCUGGGGAACCCGCGGGUGACGCUGCUGGACGAGCCCUCCACCGGGAUGGACCCCAAGGCCAAGCAGCACAUGUGGCGGGCCAUCCGAGCAGCCUUUAAAAACAAGGAGAGGGCAGCAAUCCUGACCACGCACUACAUGGAGGAGGCAGAUGCUGUCUGUGACCGUGUGGCCAUCCUGGUGUCAGGGCAGCUCAGGUGUAUAGGUACUGUCCAACACCUGAAGAGCAAGUUUGGCAGGGGAUACUUCUUGGAGAUGAAGCUGAGGGACACAGCAGACGUGCAGCAGGUGGAAUUUCUGCAGAGCCAGAUCCUGCACAUCUUCCCCAACGCCAACCGCCAGGAGAGUUUUGCUUCUAUCCUGGCAUAUAAAAUCCCUAAAGAAGAUGUGCAGUCGCUUUCACAUUCUUUUUCCAAGCUGGAGGAAGUAAAACACGCCUUCAACAUCGAGGACUACAGCUUUUCUCAAGCAACACUGGAGCAGGUGUUUGUGGAGCUCGCCAAGGAGCAGGAGGAGGAGGACAGCACCUUUGGCACCCUGAACAGCAGCCUGUGGUGGGAGAGGACGCAGGAGGACAGGGUCAUUUUCUGAGCUCCUGUCGGUGCCAGGACCCAUCCUCUCUCUGCCCCUGGAGCUGGGGUGGGCAAGGACAGCUGGGUUUGGGAGCCCUGAGCCUGCCCCACCGUGCUGGCCUUGGGGACAACACCGCAGGAGCGCUGAGCAUCCCCUGCUCCUCUGGCUGACCCCACAUCCCUGCUCCCCUCACUGCCCCGGGUUUGUGCUGGGCACGAGGGCACUGCCACGGCAGCCUGGCGUCCCCCUGAGCUGGUGGCUGGGGCAGCAGCUCCCACCUGCCCUCCCUGGGCUCUGCUGGGCUGGAGUUGGGCUGUCCUUGAGGAAAACCCUGUGUGUGAGCAGAGCCAGGCGUGCUGGAGCGCCCUUGGGUGGGCACUGCUGCACGCCCAGCCCUGCCCUGCACCAGCUGAGCCACCCCUGUUUCUGCUUUGAGGAUGGAGCUGCCUGGAAGAGAGGGGGGAACCCCUGCAGGGUCCCUGUGCUGCUGCAGGGAGGGUCCUGACUGCACAGCCAGCCCGGCUGGGCGUGCCAGCGCCUGGAGCUGUUCACCUGCAGGUCACACUGGCACUUGGUGGCACUCCCAGUGCCCUCCCCUGCAGGCUGGUGGCUGUGUGGGUGCCACUGGGGUUUGCCCUGCGUGCUGGGGGGCACAGGGGUGGGCAGAGGGGCUUUGCUCCUUCCCCUGCUCGGUGCAGAGGGGUUGGCAGAGGUGUGGCCCUGCCUUGUGUCCGUUCAGAGCAGUCUGAUUCUGUCCCUGGCUGUGACAAGGUGUGUCCUGCUCUCACACUCAGUGCUUUGGAGAUGUUUGCAUUUCCUUGUGUCCCCCAGCCCGUCGUUGUUGUGGUUGCAGUCAGUGACACAGGGCCCAGCCUGUGUCACCUCCCUUUGCAAAACCCCAAAUCAAAUCCCAGUUCACAGCCCCAUCCAUGAGAAAGGUGCCUUUGGUUUGCACACAAGCACUAAGAAGAGUAGAAAAUGUCGUCCUUUAGCCAUUUAGACAAAUGUAUGUUGAAAAUAAUAUUAUUUUUUUGGUUUUUUCUACACAAAGCUAUCAUCGCAUUUUUAGUUUUAUAAGGGGAAAUUAAAGAUUGCUCCCAGUUCAUUUGGCUCUGCAAUGAACAGAUAGAGAGAUGUGUUUCUAUUGAGACAUUGGCUUCAUAAGUCAUAUCAUUUAUGUAUCUUCACUUCAAAGUUAGAAAAGACCUUUGUUUUUCUUGAGAAAACUCAAAAAAAAUGGGUAAAGUUGGAGUUGUGUGUCCCAUCUGUUGGUAAUUAUCAGGCAAUAAUGUGUGUGAUGUGUCUGAUAAUGGUUUAUCUUUAUCAGUGUGUUCAGCCACAAUCUGGUUCCAUUUGUUUCUUACAUAUGUGAACUCCUCAUGCAGAAUUUCACCUCCUCUUUGUACCCACAGGUUGCAGAGAAAUGCACAACUUUGGGUUUGUAGUUAAAAUUGGAGCCCAAACCCUACAGAAAGCCCUGGACAUCCCAUCUGCCUCCCCAGGGAACCCCAGCCCUGGAAAUGAGGAUUAAAAGAAUUAAAGCAAACUGCAGCUCCAGCACCACCUGACAGAAUGAAAAUUCUCUGCCAGAAAAGAGAAAAAAACCUCCAAAUUUGGGUCUUUUAUUUAUUCAGCCCCAGCCCUGCUGCUGGCUGGGAGCUCUGAGCUUUUAUUUGGGGCAGUUUGGGACUCAGAAUUCUCUUGGCACUUUCCCAUGCAGGUGUGUACAGGUUGAGUGCAUUUUUCCCAAAUCCCACCUUUUUUCGGUCUCUUUUUUUGCCAAUGGUGUUUCAGCCAAGCGUCACCUGCCCAUCAAUCCAGCACAUUUGUCACAUGGAUUUAGGGAAUUUAUGGAAUCAGUGUGACCUGUGAGCAGCCUUGGUGUCAGCCUUGCAUUUAUUCUUUCACUUGGAGUUUAUAAUAGUCUGUGAAAUAGUUCUGUGCUGUCUGUUUCAGAUGUUCCCAUAUUUCCUCACAUUUCAGACAUGAAAUUUUUGGAUUAGAAAAUUGGAUUAGCUCAGUUUGGUGCUGUUGUUUCUCUUGGAGGAGCCCAGUGGAUGGUGGCACUGCUUUUUUUGUGCAGCUACAGAGAAGACAAAGAAUUUGGCUCGUUAAAUUAAUUCCCUGUUUGGGUGGGAUCUGUUUGGCCUGGUGACAUCAUGUGUCAAAGGGGGGUGAAAUUCCACCCUAAAACAUCACUGACCUCAUAUCAGAAGGGUUUCAGAGUGUCCUGAAAUGUCUGUAAUGGCCAGAAUGGGGAGAAAACCAGGCAAAAUUAAACCAGGGUAAAAUUCCACCCUAAAACAUCACUGUCCUCAUAUCAGAAGGGUUUCAGAGAGUCCUGAGAUGUCUGUAAUGGCCAGAAUGGGGAAAAACCAAGGCAAAAUUGAACCAGGGUAAAAUUCCACCCUAAAACAUCACUGUCCUGGUAUCAGAAGGGUUUCAGAGUGUCCUGAGAUGUCUGUAAUGGCCAGAAUGGGGAAAAACCUAGGAAAAAUUAAACCAGGGUAAAAUUCUACCCCAAAACAUCACUGUCCUGGUAUCAGAAGGGUUUCAGAGUGUCCUGAGAUGUCUGUAAUGGCCAGAAUGGGGAAAAACCCAGGCAAAAUUAAACCAGGGUAAAAUUCUAGCCCGAAACUUCACUGUCCUGGUAUCAGAAGGGUUUCAGAGUGUCCUGAGAUGUCUGUAACUGCCAGAACAGGGAAAAACCCAGGCAAAAUUAAACAGGGAAUGCCCUGGGAGCAGCAGAGCUUUAUUCCUGGGAUUUGACUUCCCGUUGUUCAGCUCUUACCAGUGACAUCCCAAAUCCCCUCCCUCCAACACACACCCAGCUGUGCUCUCAGAGAUAAACUAGAUUUUGGGGGGGAUUUGGGGUAAAUCCACACAGUUUGGGCCAGCUUUCCCAGGUGAGGUGGCUGGAGCUCCCUGCAGGGUUGUUGUGAGCAGAGCUCGCAGCACGCGUUCGCUUCGUGGUGUUGUUGCAAGGUUGUAUUUUUCUAUGGAGAGUUUAAAGUGUCUGGUUUUGUUUGCAUUUCCAAGAAAAGUCCUUAUUUUAGAGUAUCUGUGUUUAGCAAAUGAGGUCUAUUGCCCUGGCAGCAGAGGCAGGAGGUGACAGGGCUGGAGGUGACACGUUUGUGACACUCCUGCUGCUGCCGGACCACGGGCAGUUCAUUUUCCACACUUGCCUUUCUUUCACCACUUGGCUGUACUUGUAAAGGUGAGGAUUUUCCUUUCCCAGCAGGAAAUAUUCCAAAAUAAAGAUGGCUUGGGUUGUUAA